AUUAACGGCAUCGUUACAGCCGACUGGGAAGUGUCUAGUAUCAACGGCAGCGUCACAACCGACUGGAAAAUUUCUAGUAUCAACGGCAGUGUCACAACCGACGGGAAAAUUUCUAGUAUUAACGGCAUCGUUACAGCCGACUAGAAACUAUCUAGUAUUAACGGCAGCGUUACAGCCGACUAGAAACUAUCUCGUAUCAACGGCAUCGUUACAGCCGACUAGAAAACAUCUAGUAUUAACGGCAGCAGUCAUCGCCGACGUGAAAAGACUUCGUAUCAACAGCCACAAAACUUGUGAACAGUGCUGCAGACAUCAUGGCCAUAAAUAAUGACAUUAAAAAUACAGUGAUAAAGCUAGGAGAGAAGUUGAGAGAACUUGCUAGCUACAAAGUGGACUACAUUAGCAUAGCAAGUAAGUUAUCAAAUUUUAGAGCUACAAUAUUAGCAUCUCAGUCCUUGAUCACAUCAGAAGCAAAUCAUUGCGUCGCCACCAACAUGAAAGCUCUAGCUACUGUCCCACUUACAGAAGACCUAAUCAACCAGAGACGCAAUCUAGGCAACAAGUCAACAGAGUGGAGAACUAGGUCAAGGGCAGCUGAGCAGAAGGGGGGAGGUGUGACGUGGCCUAGAUGUUCAUAGCGAAAGCGUGUAGGCACGGAGAGAUUGGGUGUGAGAGUCGCCUCCCCUGACAAGUGUGUGAACUCUAGUGUGUAAGCAGUGUGUGGUAUCGUCAACUUAGGGUAGCAUGUAGUCAGUGUUUUCGUCAAUGUUCACUGUUUCUCUGUUGUAGUUGAAAAUUAUAUUGGAUUAUUACAUUUGAACUGUGUUUUAAAUUGUGUUAUACCUUGUUCCACUAUGAAAUGGAAAG